UGGCAAUCAUGCAUAGAGCUGUUAUAAACAUCUGUGUGCAGAUUUUUGUGUGGACAUACGAUUUCCAGUCUUUGGGUAGAUGCCAAGGAGUGUGAUUGCUGGACCAUAUGAGUAGAAGUUUUUAAUUUUAAUGGAGCCAGCUUAUCAAUUGUUUCUUUCAUGAAUCAUGCCUUUGAUGUUGUAUCUGAAAAGUCAUCACCAUGCCCAAGACAAGAGUCAGAGAAAAGCACAGUAUACUUGCAGAGGCUCAGCAUCCAGGAAUGUCAAGUCUUUCGUUAGUAAAAGGAAAACAGCAGAUAAAAAUCUGCUGGCAGAGCUGUACCAGUAUCUACAAUUUAACGACUCUAGGCCAAAUGAGCUUCCAAAUGGGGUGGACUUCUGUGACUUGGUAGGCAAUGUGAUCCGGGCUGAGAGAAACCCCUGUAGUGGCAAGUCUUUCUGUUCAGAUAGAGAAUUAGAGAACUUUUUCUCUUCUCCUUCUCCAAGAGCCAUAUGGCUGGACAGCUUCUGGUGGCUCUUUCAUGAAAGGUACCAGCCAAACAAGGAGGUCCAGAACAAGCUGUUUGACCGGAUAUCCCAACACUAUGCCGCUCUUUUGUUUCAUGAACCCAAGUCCCACUAUGAAGAGGCAAUCUUAAAAAGGCUGCCAUCACUUCUGAGUAAAGCCCUGUACACCAGCUUCUGCUGCUGCUUCCCGCAGUCCUGGUUCAACACGCACGAGUUCAAGUCUGCCGUCUGUAACACGAUGAGCCUGUGGAUCUCAGGUAUAUAUCCUUGCCCACAGAGCUAUAACAGCUGGGACUACUCAGAACUGGAUCCAGAGAGAUUCCGGAGAGAAGAGUUAAUGUUGCAUAGAAGAACGCUGAUAAAGGAAAGGGAGCUUUCUCUCCUCGCUUCUAAGAGAUGCUUCUCUCACAAGUCCGCCUGGAGCAGGAAAGCCCACUGCCCUCAGUCUACUAAUGUAAGUUCAACCAGGAAGAAUUCAGUGGCUAGCUCCCGAAAACAGAAUACCACAAAAGAGCCUUGUUCGCAGACUCUGGUCUUGAAGAAAGCUACACAACAAGUCAAGGGGAUAUCAGAAGCCAAACAAUAUCAGAAAAUACUUCCUAAGCAGUCUCACCCCGCCUGCAAAAGCCCUGAGAUGACUUCAAACCUCUUCAACGUGUACGGGAAGAGCCCUCUGAUCGUGCACUUCCUCCAUAACCAUGCCACUCUGCUGCAGCGUGGCGAAGAUGUGUUGGUAGCCAGGAGGGAAAAGAGCAAGACCAUCCCUGAAUGCAGCCUGACCUACGCUGACGUCAUCAGACUGACCCUGAGCAACAUGAAGAAGCGGAGGGACACCCUGCUCCAGUUGAACCAGCUUCACUGGACGGAAUGGAAUUAUUUCGAUGUGUACCUCAAGGAGCUGCAGGACAACUUCCUCAGGGAGGUGAAGAAUAUCAACCAAAGAGCAAUAGAUAAAAAAAAGGCAAAUCACAUGUGCAUCCCACCCGUCGCCUUCACGGAGGAAUUGUCUGAUAAGAAGUCUGUAGAAAGCUGUCAGAGGGAGGCUGCAUUUCUGGCAAGGAAGAGAUAUAAGGAGCAAGAAAGAGAAUGGAAACAGAAGUCAGACUACUCUCCCUUUGCUCCUUCAUCCUCUGGUGAAUUCUCUUCUCUGAGAUCAGAAAGUCCCUACAAAAUUGCUGAUGCUCCUGCGACAAGCGAGGUCACCGAGGAGCCAAAAGCAAUGCAGAGAAAGAAAGUCACCUUCCUGACCGUCUCACUUUCCAACUCACCCAAAUGAACCUUUUCCAAGAGUUGGGAGAACUUUUCGGAUGAAGAAUGAACACGUUGUUAGGUUUACUCUAAAACAGAAACAACAAAAUAAACCAAAAAAUAGUACUGAAACACAUUUAAUCCUUCGCAGUCCAUGGGACAAUGACUAUUGUAGUUCACUCCUACCCUGGGCCCAAGUCAGGAUUCACAUUGAAGUCAAGGCACCUCACUCAUGCAUGCAUUUACUUACUAGUUCUUUGAUUCACUUGUUAAGAAGAAGACUAUGGAAUGUAUAAUAUUGUUAUGUAACAUUAAUGGUAAUCAUAGGAGACAUCAUUUACUGAGCACUUACUAUGUCCUGAGGACUCUAAGUCCUUUUUAGACAUUAUCUUGGUUAGCCCUCCUGGGGGCCCCCCAAGUUGGGUAUUAUUGCCUUCAUUUCUCCUAGGAGGACCCUGGGGCUUAGAGAGGUUGAGCAAGCAUUCACUAGGUAUCUACUCUGUGCCAUGCCUGCACCAAGCCCUGUGCAUACAGAGAUGAAUAAAGACGCAGUCCCUCACCUUAAGGGGCACACAGUCUGGAAGAGGGGGAAGGAUGUGUGAGCCAAGAAAUGCAUUAAUACUUGGCGAGAUCUUUGUGGAAUCCAAGAAAAACCAAAUGAGAAAGACUUCGCUGAGGCUCAAAGGUGAGGCCUCAAAGCGAAAGCCUAUCAUCACUAUCAAGUUCAUCCCCAAAAUGGGCAUUCACUUCCAUUUAACACGAAGGACACGUGAUAUUUCUGGAAAAUAGCAAAUUUUGAAGAGCUAUGGCAGUUUUCGUUGGUUCUUUAAACAAUCCACCAGGGGAAAAAAUGUCCUACAAAAUGCCAACUGCUAUUGUGGUAAUUUUUUUGCUAUUUAUUCCAGCAAAAUGAUUCAGUCACUGAAGAAAAAGGGUCGCCCUGUGCUAGGUCUUGAACCCGAAGAACUGUUUGCACAGAUAUUCAUCCAAGAUCCAUCACAGCCUCCACCUCAACAGAUGCUCUUUCAAAUGUUUCAUGACUCUCCUCAACCAUCAGGCUCCAUUUGAGGGGAGGAGGAUGACGCUGCCAGAGCCGGCUUCUGCUGGCGUGAAGGCU